AUGCUGUUUCAAAAGGGUCGGCACGCAAUUCUGGAGUCACCAACAGGUACUGGAAAAACCCUUUGCCUUCUCUGCGCCUCUCUUGGGUGGUUGGAGCAUAUAUUGAAUCAACAACAGUUGAAGAGCCUCGAGCAACCUCGGUGCAACGCUAGCUCUUCUGGGUUAUCCAAUCCAUCAAACAAAUUUUAUUCGCCCUUGCUUAUAUUUUCAUCGCGUACUCACGCACAGCUGAAUCAAGCCGUGCAAGCGUUUAAGAGUACUGCAUACUCUAGUCGAAGAAUCGGUGUUCUUGGCUCUCGUGAUCAGCUCUGUUCUCUCCCUGAAGUGCGCAAUCUUGAGACGAAUUCAGCCAAGGUGUACCAAUGCAGACUGCGUGUUUCCACCCGUUCAUGCGAAUACUAUCGCAAUUUUGAUGCUGGUAGAGACAAACUCUUGGACACUGUGAGAAGGUCAAAAAUAAUUGAUAUCGAAGACUUGGCCAAAUUUGGUCGGGAGAACAGAGCUUGUGCUUAUUACUUAUCGAGAGAAAUGAAAUCGGAUGCGGAAAUCCUCUUCAUGCCUUAUAAUUACCUCCUCGACGUCAAAAUCCGAACCCUUUAUGGUAUCGAAAUAACGAACGCUGUUGUUAUCUUCGAUGAAGCCCAUAAUAUUGCGCAGGUUUGUGAGGAUGCCGCCUCGGCCACACUCACCUCAACAUUUUUGGCGUCAGCAAUUGAAGAAUUGCGUGUCAUUGGUGAGUACAUCUUCAACUCAAGCUCUGGCGGUGGAAGGGACGACACCAUUGGCCCGGAAGGACUGGAAGAGGCUGCACGGUCUAUCGGCGGAGUGAACCGACUCGAUAUCUCCCAGCCUACAAAUGACGGUAUUAGUGCGAUUGGCCUUUCGAGUGUUCUCACCUUGAAGGGCCAGCUGCUUGAGCUGGAACGGCUUCUCGACAGCCUCGGUAACAGUGCUUCAACCGAUGGUAGCUUCAAACCUGGCGAAUAUGUUUUCGAAUUGCUCGGACAGGCUGGCAUAAAUAUCAGCAACCAUGCUCAAAUCGAAGAAUUUAUCGACCAAAUAAUCAGCGCAUCCAUUUCAAUGGAUUUGGCGAAAUUCAGGAGGGGUCGUGGUCUGUCUCAUGUGGCAGAGUUCUUGCAGAAAGUUUUUGUUGGUAUCACCGGUGGAGAAUCUCAAUCACUGCUGACACGUCAACGCUCCUCGAGCUGUUUUCGCGUUCACAUCAAGGUGGAGUUUUUUUCAAUGAAUUAUAGAGAAAUGGCGGAUGCAUGGGGAGGAAAUCCAAUUACUAUAGGCGGUGAGAACGGUGGCAGUGGCAGAGAAACCAAAAACAUCUGUCUCAAUUACUGGUGUCUUACGCCAGGACGAGCAAUGCAUGAACUCCUGGAUCUGAAUGUGCGCAACAUAAUUCUUACCAGCGGGACACUCUAUCCCAUUGCGUCUCUUCAGGCAGAAUUGGGUCUGCAGUCGGCAAUCGUACUUCAGAAUCCUCAUGUCGUGAACUCUGACCAAAUUCAUGUUGCUGUGCUACCGAAGGCUCCAGAUGGCGGAACUCUAAAUUCUAGUUACCAGCACCGUGCCGACUCAGUCUAUCAUCGAUCUCUUGGUCUGACCCUUAUGAACCUCCUCCGUGUUAUACCAGGCGGUGUGCUUGUCUUCUUCCCGUCUUAUGCUCUUAUGAAAAUGUGCCUGGACUCGUGGAAGAACUCCGAUAUCUACAACAAAUUCCUUGACUGCAAAAAGAUAUUCACCGAGCCUCGAGAUAAGACUCAAUUCCAACAGAUAACCGCAGGCUAUAUGGAAGCGGCCACAAAUAUCGCAGGAGGCUCCGUGCUCUUUUCUGUGAUGCGCGGUAAGGCCAGCGAGGGUUUGGACCUGGCGGACCAAAACAGCCGCGCCGUAGUGAUUCUUGGUAUCGCCUACCCGCCACGCGAGGAUCCUCGUGUCAAAAUUAAAAUGGCUUUCCUCGAUGAGCGGCGCUUUCAAACGGAUGGCAUCAACGAUUCACUAACCGGACGACAGUGGUACAAACUUCAAGCUUGGCGUGCUAUCAAUCAGGCUGUUGGAAGAGUGAUCCGCCACAUUCGAGACUUCGGGGCUGUGUUCCUCUGCGAUGAACGUUUUGCAUCGCCUGAGGCGCGUUCUCAUCUACCCACUUGGAUGCGUUCCAGUGUUUGUGUCUACGACAGCUUUGGCCCUGUCCUUAAGGCGGCCAGUGAGUUUUUUCGGACAGCUGAGACGAAGUAUCCAUCGUUUUUGAAAGCACCCAUGAAACCUUUGCCUAUCAGAAGUUUCGCGUCGGUGGAUUGUGCAACCUCACCGCGACAUGGCUUUGCUAUGGAUGACAAUGGGUUGGGAUUCCCAAAGGCCGCAGAUCAUAUUACAACGUACGUUGGGAGUUUAUCCAAGAGUUCUGGAGUCAUUGAUUUUCUGGCGGACUACUCUUCUAACCUGCUAUUAGAAGGCGAGGCGAAGAGUAACUCGACUAGCUCUCAAUCCGCAAAACCAUCGACGUCGUUAUUGGACCGCAUCUAUAGCAGCGCUCAGGAGCAGACUUCCACACGUCCAUCCUCUGAUAUACCUUCCCCAAAGGGUUCCAGUAGCAACGAUGAUGAAGCCUUUGUAGCAUGCUUGCUAAAACGUUAUCAAGGAGCAAAACGCAUAAAAUUAGUGAAGGAUAGUGUCAAUCUCGAGGCGGGCGAUGGUGUCACCACUUCAGGCUACUUGGCUUCUGUUCGGGCACUCUUCGAUCGUUCCGCCGCGGGCAAGGAGGACCAUUGGUUUGAGGAAUUUAAGGUCGCUCUGUCAAAUUAUAAGGCACAAGGAACGGAGGCAGGAUCAUCGUCUGUUGAAAGGGUCUUUGCUGCUCUUUCGAGUCUCUUUAUACCCCGUGGUGCACCUGGCCUACUUAGAGGUGAGGCCCGUCGAUUGCAUUGA